CACGUUUCAACUCCUGGACUUUGAAUGUGACAUGAUUGAACAAUUCCAGAGAGUAUGACUGGCCAAGAUGUCAUUGAAGUGUCCUCCUGGGAGCACUUACAAGUGGAGUACGAUGUACCGUCUUACAAAGAAAUCUACUGAUGGUUACGUCACUAUAGCCCCUAAGCAGCGUGCUGCCCAAUCUAACUGUGCGACCAACAACGAUAUGGUUAUUCAUGGUGCUUACUGCGCUACUAUGGAACCAGUCACGACGGCGAUUUGCGAUGACGAUUCUACUCCUGCGUCUGAUCUUGUUAGCACAGCCGGCAGUCAACAUGCAAACGGUGUAGAGCAGGAUUUUGGACGGGGUCUCUUAUUUUCGACGGACGAGACAAUUUCACCAGCAUUACCUACAAAACGUCCAAUACGACGACGCGUUUCUGCCAUCUCCGGGGAUGAUGAUGCCCAACAAACUGUGCUGAAGCAAGAGCCAGAAGCCGAACAAUAUGCGUCUGAUCGAACUGAUUUGUCUAUUGCAUUGAACCCCUUCUGUUCUGUGACAUCAGACUCCGCCGCAACUACUUCGCCGGGAGUUCAAGAAAUAGCAGUAGCAGCUACUACUUCACAGGAGAUGAAAACCAUUAGAAGUGAAUUACGUUUGUUGCGAGCGGAAGUCGUUUCCCUUCGCCGGAAUUACGAAGCUAACAAUCGUUUGUUGCAGCGAUUAAUGGAUAAUGAGACGCUUUCUCUUCCACUUCCGUUUGUUUCGAUUGAUGAACUGAAAACAUUCGACUCACAGCUGCAUGAUCCAUCAGUGAAAACUCGUUUGAUUCCGCACUUCUUUGGUGUUACCGGGAACACUGUGCGACAGCUGGUUCGCGACACAAUGCAACGUCUCAUGUUGCGCUCCGUUGCAGCGAAAAUAACCUACUCCGGUGCAGGACACACAUUUGCCUUUAAAAGGACUAACAUUAAUGGAAUAAUACAUGUUUUUAUUGGGGAACGAUUAGGCAAUUCAGUGUCCUACGAACGUAUAUCAGCUUGUAUUAGAGCAUGGCUCCGUUCGGUGCGGCAUAACAAACCCACAGCUGUAUCUUCUACAGACACAGUCAUGGACACAAACACUACCGAUUUGGGUCCGGAGUUCCACGGAUAAUGUCUGGUGAACACAAAGCUCCUUGGAUGUGCAUUUCCUUAAAUUUGUACAGUCGUAACGUUGUAAUAUUAUAUGCUGCUUUAAA